AUGUUCCGCUUUAUCGCAAUUUUGUUGUGUCUUAACGCUGUCUUUGCUGCAGUGCCAAUUUUGCCACGUAUUCAAGUACGUGAUGCAAAUAGUCGCAUUGUAGGAGGAGAAAAUGCCAAACAAGGACAAUUCCCGUAUCAAGUUUCUUUGAGAAAUGCGUUCAAUGGACACUUUUGCGGCGGAUCUAUCAUAAAUGCCAACACUGUGCUCACGGCGGCUCAUUGCGUUGUCGAUUCUACUGUAAAUAAUGUUCGCGUUGUCGCUGGAAGCCAUUUGUUGAGCAGCGGCGGAUACACAUACGAUACUGCUAAACUCAUUGUUCACGCAAGUUACAAUCGUCAAACGCUUGCCAAUGAUGUUGCUCUCGUAAAAACUGUUCAAAGCUUCAGUUUCUCCAAUUUGAUCCAAACUACGCCGUUGAUCAAUCGUGAUGUGCAAAGCGGUCAAUUGCUCGUUUCGGGAUGGGGAUAUUUGUCGACGAGCGGAAGUGCUCCCGAUAAUUUGCAAUAUUUGUACACAAAUGUUAUCUCGCACGCUGAUUGUUCACGUCGCAUUGGAACUAAUGCAGAUACAGUUUGCGCUUUUGUCUCAGCCAACAGAGGAAUUUGCUUCGGAGAUUCGGGAGGUCCAUUAGUUGUUCCGGGAGAAGGUCAAGUUGGUAUCAACUCGUUUGUCAUUGGAGGAUGCGGAUCUGGAUAUCCAGAUGGUUUCUGCUCUGUUUACUAUCACAGAUCAUGGAUCAUGAACAACGCCAACUAA